AAACAAAAAAGAAAAAUAGCUUUGUUAAAACUGUUUGCAAAAAAUUGAAACUUGAAGAUAGGUGGAUAUCUGUUGAGCCAGUAGGGCUCAAGGGAGGGAUUCUCUUGUGGUGGGAUAGGUCUAUUACUAUUUUGGAUAUUAUAUGUCGUGAUUUUUGUAUUGAGGUGUGUUUUCUUUAUCCUGGGUACAAUAUUAGGUUUUGGGGGGUUUUUGUUUACUUAAGUACUGAUAAGAACAUAAGGAAAACCCAAUGGCAAUCUUUAAUCAGGCAUAGAUUAAUGUGGGGUGAUUGUUGGUUCUUAGGGGGUGACUUUAAUGAUCUUUUGUUCCAUUCUGAGAAAAAAAGGGGCAAAAUGAGGGAGGAUUGUAGCUUCAUUAGUUUCAGGAAUUUUGUUAGACUGAUGGGCAUGCAAGAUGGGUAUUAUCAAGGGUAUCCUUUUACUUGGGCUAACAAUAGGCAGGGUGAGGGUUUUGUAGAAGAAAGACUAGAUAGGAUCUUUUUCUCUCCUGGAUGGCUCUUAACCUUUCCCUUGUCUAAUAUUAGGCAUAUUCAGAUGAUAUCUUCAGAUCAUUAUUUACUGCUGCUCCACACAGAUCCAGAAAUAAGGAAAGGAAAAAAGAGAUUCACUUAUGAUGCAAGAUGGGAAACAAAUGAGGGGUACAAAGAUGUUGUUGCGGCUGUCUGGAAGGAUCAGAAGGAAGAUUGUGGCUUGGUGGAGAUCCAGAAGAAAUUGAGGGACACCAGAUUAGCUCUGCUGAAGUGGAAUACCCAGUCACAAACAAACUCAGCAAAGCAAAUAGAGAUUUGUAAGGCUAAGCUGCAAGAAAUGGCUCUGCUGGGCAAAGACAAAGAUUGGAAAGAAUGGGAAUGUGUCAAAGCUCAGCUGCACACUGCCUACUUGGAUGAAGAGAUAUACUGGCAAAAUAAAUCCAGAAUCCUAUGGUUGAAAGCUGGGGACAAAAACACUAGGUAUUUCCAUGCCAGUGUUACUCAGAGAAGGAGAGCCAACAACUUUGACCUCCUGACCAGAAGAGAUGGGUCAAAAUGCAAAAAUGAGGAGGAGAAUCUGGAGGAAAUUUUGGAGUUCUACAGAGAAAUUUUUCAAUCCCAGAGGCCAAAUAUCAAUUGCUGCAGCCUGGAUGGCAUCAAACAAGUCAAUAUUGAUAAAUCCACUAUCAUGUUUUCCAAAAAUACUUCUGGGGAGGCUAAGGCCCAAAUUUCCCAAAAUUUUCAAGGGAUUCAGAUUGUAAAAUCCUCUAAAUAUCUUGGUUUGCCAUUAGGCUUAGGUAGAUCUAAAAAAUCCACUUUUAAAUAUGUUUUUGAUUGUGUGUUAGCUAGAAUAUCUAGCUGGAAAAAUUGCUUUUUAAGUGAUGCUGGAUGGCUCACACUCAUUAAUGCUGUGCUUAGUGCUAUGCCUCUGUAUGUGAUGUCUUGUUUUAAGCUUCCAUCAAGCGUUUGUAGAGACAUUCGCAAGAGCAUAGCUGAUUUUUGGUGGG